AAUAAAAAAGGAGGUGACUUUUUGAUGUGCACACAAUUUGAGUUUUGAGAGGUGCGAAAAUUUUCAAAGAAAUACGAAUAAUAGAAAAAGGGCAAGGAAGGUGUAAGGUCAUAGGACUGAGAGUGAAGAAAGUUUUAUUUGUUGUUUAUGUUGAAGAUGGAGUUUUUAAGGUUGUAGGGAGUGUGUUAUGAAUUGGUGUUGUCGUGUCUUACUGCUUCUGUGUUUAGAUCUAUCAUCAUCAUCUUCAACUUCAAACACAAAGAGGGGAUUCGAUUUUGGUGCAUGAGUCUCCGCUACUAUGCUCAUGGCGUCUGAAACGGCGUCGUCGGUGGAUGAAGAACCCUUUUCUUCUCUACAAUCAUUGCCAGGUAAGCAUCGGGUUGUUGCAGAAUUGAAGCGACUCGACCAAGACUCCAAAUUUCUUGAGGAAGAAUUGAAAGAGCUUGAGAAAUCAGAAAAUAUGUCAGCCAUAUGCACGGAUUUGCUGCAAAACAUGGAAAGUAGGCCCGAUCCACUGCUUCCUGUAAUACGUGGACCUGUAAACAUGUUAUGGGAUAGAUGGUUUGAAGGGCCUCAGGAUCCACACGCUUGUGGAUGUUGGAUACUUUGAUUUGAAGCACGCAAACUAAGUUGUCUAGCGUUACAAUAGCAUGCCACACUUACUGCAUAGGAGUGAUUCUGGAACGCGGAGAAAUGUUGGAUGGCAUUUUAUACCAGUUACAAUAAUUCUUUAAUGGUUCCCUUGUUUAUUACAUACAAGAUGUUGCUUUGAAUACAGUGUUUGUAAAAUCACAUUCAUUUACUGCAUCCAAUUGAGAAUAUCGUUAUUUUGUGCUUAUACCAGGGUACAUAUACAUUCAGAAGCUAACUGAGAAUGCCUUUGAUGAUAAGCAAAUUUGUCAAUAUGAACUUUGUAAUCCCCU